UACGUACCCUACCUUACCUAAGGGGAUACACGAGUUCGGUUACGUGCGGGACAAGGCUCGGUACCUUAGGUACCUGUUAAGUGGGUUAGGUACCUAGUUGGAAUUCAGCUGCCUGAAGACGGAGCGCAUGGCCAAAGCCGCGGUGUUAUCUCUCGAAUACACAACACCUGGUGUGGACUUCGCGCUAGAGUCUUGCACCGUUCUCUUAAGCGUCCGCCUGGUGGUGUUAGGUAAGCGUGCGGGCUGAGACCAUGACAACGACCCCGGUACCAGUGUAGGACGGAUCCCCGCCGAUAAUGGGGGUGCCUCGGCAACUCCCCAGGUACCGGCCAUGAGGAAUCUGGGGUGCCAUGCCAGUGGUCUACUACCUGCCUACGUCAAGAUACGACACUGGGAUUCCCUUCUCCUAUAACCCACCACACGAAACCGGAAUACACAAGAGGAUCUCGUAUUUCACAAAGGCGUCUCUAUAUCACUCAUAUCCGACAUAUAUCACACGUAGUGCACACCUCCCCGCUCGGCCUGCAAGCCAUGUCUCGAUUAACCGAAUAUUCCCAUUUCAAGCAUUUCGUCAUCUCCUCACCAUCUGAGCAUGUGGCCCAUGUCGAGAUCAACCGGCCAGCCAAGCUGAAUGCCUUCAUCGAAGAAAUGUGGAUUGAGCUUGGCAAGAUCUUUUCUCAGUUGUCCCACGAUCCAGAGGUCCGCGCCGUCGUCUUUUCUGGAGCUGGCGACCGAGCCUUCACCGCCGGCCUAGACGUGCAAGCAGCCAGUCAGCAAGGCCCCCUACAGCAGAGCGAGCCGGUGCAGCAGGAUGGAGCGAGACGGGCGACCAAGCUGCGACGUCAUAUCGUCGAAUUCCAGGACUGCAUUAGCCAGAUAGAGAAAUGCGAGAAGCCUGUGAUUUGCGUCAUGCACGGCAUCUCCAUCGGCCUGGCCAUCGACAUGUCUUCCUGCGCCGACGUGAGGAUCUGCUCGAAGGACGCCAAGUUUUCCGUCAAAGAGGUAGACAUCGGCUUAGCGGCAGACAUCGGUACUCUGAGCCGGCUGCCGAAAAUCGUCUCGAGCUUCUCCUGGGUCAAGGAUGUCUGCUUAACGGCUAGGGGUUUCGGGGCCGAAGAGGCUCGCGCUGUCGGGUUUGUGAGCCAGGUGCUGGACACGAAGGCGAAGGCCGUUGAUGCCGCCAUCCAGCUCGCCUCCCUGAUAGCCUCCAAGAGCCCGGUUGCCGUCCAGGGUACGAAGGAAGUGCUCAAUCAUGCUCGGGACAACAGCGUUGCGGACAACCUGAGGUACAUGAGUGUGUGGAACUCGGCUAUGCUCCAAUCCGACGAUCUGAAGGCGGCGCUGAAGUCGGGACUGACGAAGAGCAAGCCAAGGUUUGAGAAGCUAUAG